GGGUGAAGUCCCAGAUUCCGGAUCUGGGGUCUGGCAGCUGGCUGGGUUUGGAGAGGUUUCUCGAGCAGACGCGCAGUCGGGCCCCCACGGGGGUUGGGGGUUGAGUGGACCAGGCGGGGGCCGAGUUGGGUGGGUGGCAGCUCUUAGAGGCUCCAGAUUGCCCAAGGGCGGAGUUUGACGUUUGGUGUGGGGGAAGCUUUGGGAAGCAGUCCCGUGCCGCGCGCGGGUGCGGUUUGGGUAUGGUAAGGGGCGAGGUGAAUGGAGCUGUAGAGGAUUUUCCCCCUUGGAGAAACUGUAUGAACAUAAGAGUGGAUGAGCGACGGGUGAAGUAGAUGGAGGAGUAGGUACACUUUGGGAUGCAGAAUAGAAAACUUUGGAGGGGCUUGAAUUCAGGGGGUGCUCAGAAGGUGAAUUGAGGAGUUGGUUAAGAACAGGGAGUUGUGAUUGGAUAUUGUGAUGGGAAAGGGCAGGAGGAGGCAAGUGUGGGGCUACUGGGAGAGCAGUCUGUGUUUUGUAGGAAAGCAGAGGGACUGGAAGAGUUGGGGGGGGGGGUCAGGAGGCAGAGAGCCAGCCCUUCAUGAGAUCUUUGUGCCUUUGCAGCUCGGUAGCCUGGCGGGCAGGGCAGGUGCCAUGGCCCUGAUUGAAGGGGUGGGUGAUGAGGUGACUGUCCUUUUCGCGGUGCUUGCCUGCCUUCUGGUGCUGGCCCUCGCUUGGGUCUCCACACAUACCACCGAGGGCGCCGACCCCCUGCCCCAGCCGUCAGGGGUCGCAACAGCAGCACAGCCCGGUGAAGUUAUGGGAGCCACCGCCACCGACAGCGUCCGAGGGGAGUCCCCAGGGGCGGAGACCCCCAGCCUGAGACACAGAGGUCAAGCUGCACAGCCAGAUGGUACGGGGGUCACAGCAACACCGCCACCCCCGGACUCCCCACAGGAGCCCCUAGUGCUGCGGCUGAAAUUCCUCAAUGACUCAGAGCAGGUGGCCAGGGCCUGGCCUCACGACACCAUUGGCUCCUUGAAAAGGACCCAGUUUCCCGGCCAGGAGCAGCAGGUGCGGCUCAUCUACCAAGGACAGCUGCUAGGAGACGACACACAGACCCUGGGCAGCCUUCACCUCCCUCCCAACUGCGUUCUCCACUGCCACGUGUCCACGAGGGUCGGGCCCCCGCAUCCGCCCUGCCCGCCGGGGUCAGAGCCAGGCCCCUCCGGGCUGGAAAUCGGCAGCCUGCUGCUGCCUCUGCUGCUGCUGCUGCUGCUCCUGCUCUGGUACUGCCAGAUCCAGUACCGGCCCUUCUUCCCCCUGACCGCCACUCUGGGCCUGGCCGGCUUCACCCUGCUCCUCAGCCUCCUGGCCUUCGCCAUGUACCGCCCGUAGUGCCUCCACGGGCUCUCGGCAGCGUCGCCGGCCCCUCCGGACCUCGCUCCCCACGGCACAGCGGGAGCUGCUGUCUGCCCAGGCCCGCCUCUCCGGCCUGCCUCUUCCCGCUCCCCUGGAGCCCAGCCUUGCGCCGCAGAGGACUCCGGGAGCUGGCGGAGCCCCCUGCCUGUGACCGCCACGGCUCGGGGCCACCUCCUAGGGCUGCAGGCCCCCAGCCCUCACUGACAGUUGGCUCCUCGGGGUCAGGUACCUGCUGUCGAUGCCUUGGCCCUGGGCAAAGCCAGGCCACCCCCCUGGGCCCGUCUUAGUGUUCUGCCUGUGGACCGGGCCAUGUGUAGACCCUAACAGCUCCUCGGGCUGGUCUAGGGACGCAGAGACUGCGGUAGGCUGGUGCAGGGGAUGGGAGAGGGGCAGAGUUCCAUGAAAUAUGUGCAGAUUAAAAUAAC